AUAUAAUUCUUGGAAUUGGCGAAUUUUAAAAGCCAAACCCACAGUCUUUCCUUCACACGCUUAGAACCCAUUCUAGUGGCAACACUCAUCGCACUGCUGCUCUGUAUUCUAUUUGUCUAAAUUAUACAUUUAUUAUAUUGCUUUUGAAUUAGUUAAUUACAGACCGUCUAUUAACAUAUGGGAUAUUCGGACACAACUUCUCAACUGAACAGAUGCGUGGGACAUUCAGAACAAAAUAAACACAUUCCUUUGUUUCGACCGGCUUUAUUUUCGUUAAACCGCUGUGGAAUUAGACUAGUAUAGGAUAUUGAAGACUCACCAUCAUGAUUCUUUGUGUUCAGAGGCACAAGUGCAAACUUCAUGGAGUAGGCCAUUCAAAGAGAUACAAAGAGGUUCCUUCUGAUGUCAUCGGCCUUUCCCCCUACUCCCACUUGUGCCAUGUCAGAGGACACCUGGACCGCCUAUUGAGAUCUGUCUUUUGUUAAGUAAAUCAGCCCUAGACCACUGCUGUCUGGUACACCCACAGAGGGCCACCUAGGAAUGCGGACAGGGAGCAUCUCCUCCCCUCACUGCAUUCACAGCACCUCUCCGCAGUGGGACCCCACUAAAGACCUGCGCACCAUCACCAACAACACAUUCUACCUUGAUACCUCAGGCUGGUACUGGGGAGCCAUCACAGCAGGUCAGGCCCAUGAAGCUCUGCAGGCAGCGUCAGAAGGGGCCUUUCUGAUUAGAGACAGCAGCCAUCCCCUGUACAUGCUGACCCUGUCUGUUAGGACUGCCCGUGGUCCCACCAGUAUACGCAUCCAGUACAGUGGAGCCCGGUUUCUGCUAGACUCCAGCUCGCCAGCCCGACCCAGCCUUCUGUCCUUCCCUGAUGUGCCGAGCAUGGUGCAGUACUAUGUGGGACCAGGGAGGAAGGUGCAGCAGGGGAAGGUGGAGGAAACUCAUGGUGGCAAGCCUGCCCAGAGGACAGUUCAGGAGAGCACAGUACUGCUGAAGCUCAAGCGGGCCCUGCACAAGCCCCAGGCCUUCCCCUCCCUACAGCACCUUGCACGCCUCACCAUCAACUGCAGCACAGACUGUCCUGACCAACUGCCUCUGCCACGCCCACUGGUGCGCUUCCUGCAGGACUACCCCUUCCAGGUAUGAGGGUCCUGUGAUCUGCACCCCUGUGGAGGGCAGAGCUAAAUUAAACAAAACCGUUCAACUAAAUCUCGAGGAGCGCUGUCAGAAAUUGGUCCCUGGCAGCUGGAAACCACAUCACUGCACUGGUCAGUAAUAAUGCCACAUCGGACACAUGGUUGGCCAUGAGACCAUGUCUGGGAAAGAACCUUUCAGAAAAUGGUGUCUCGUUAUUGUAUUUCUCAGAGGGGGAAGUGGAGUUCUGGGAACCCCACCGCAUGAGAUUCACUGGAAAACAAAACGUGGUGUGAACUGUAGCGUGGCCCCGUGCUAUGAGGGAUAUGCUCCCCACCCUCUUGCUGUGGCAGUGAAUUGUUUUCCAGUGAGAUGCAUUUUAAUGUUUUAUUUUGGUCAUUUUUUUACCCCCCCGACUCUGUACAUAUCCCUUUUUCUAUAAAAAAUAAUCUUCAACAUGA